ACAUUUGAAAUCGUAAUAAGUCAUAGAGAUAAUUAUGUACGGUGCAUGAGGCUAAAUGCAGAGCCCCUAAACAGUAGCCCCUAAAACUGCUGUCAACAUCCAAAUUAAAAUCAAAAUUCUAAAAAAAAAUAUUACAAAAUUUAUACCAAACAAAAUGGACCAGGAGCCGCAAAGCAUCAUUUUAUUUCCGACCACCGAAAUACUGGCAUCAACGCACAGAAUGAGACGUUACAUAAAACUUAUCGACCUCUAUGAGAAGCAUGAGUGUUUAUGGAAUCAGUUCUCAAAAGAUUUCUUUAACUUCGAGUUAAGAAAUAAAAUAUGGUCAGAAAUUGCAGAGCAAAUGAAAAAAAACUCAUCACCAGAUACAUGGAAAUGUAUUUUACAUUCCUUGCGCUACAAUGUAGAGAUAGAACGUUUGCGUGAGCAGGAGGCGUCCUUCUAUAACAUGCGAGUCGAGUUGGCGCCAAAAUUAGUUUAUGCCGAAAAGUUUAAGUUUUUGAAACGGAUGUAUAUGGGCGGACAUGCGACAAUGAAAGUGCCACAUGUAUUAGUUCGCAGACCAGCGGUGGGUAAUGGGGAAAUCCUGAAUCGCAAGAAGGAAGUACGUGAAUCCUACUACACUAGCAAGUUGAAAUCGUUAGAAUCUUUGCGCAAUUCCCGAUCAAGUUUACUUUGCUUAACCCCUGAGACCUAUCGCAAACUGAAUAUGUCCAGUGCUGACGUGGCGGCAUAGAUCUAGAGGCUGCCUAAGAGAUUUAUAACUUCUUUUUAGCGCAUUUGCGUAUGCAUUCCUCUUUUCGACUACC